ACUACCACUCCAGCAUGGCCCAGCAGGGAAUUGUGUUGGACCAGGACCAGUUCUGCUGUUCCGUCUGUCUGGACCUCUUAAAGGAUCCUGUCACCCUCCCCUGUGGUCACAGCUACUGUAGCAACUGUAUAGAGGGCUACUGGGACAAAGAUGAGCAGAAGGGAGUCUACAGCUGCCCCCAGUGCAGACAGAGCUUCACUCCGAGGCCUGCUCUGAAGAGGAACUACAUGCUGGCUGAGGUGGUGGAGAAGCUGAAGGAGACAAGAGGAGCCCAGGCCGUCCCCUCUGAGCUGACCAGUCCAGCUGGGCCAGGAGAGGUGACCUGUGACCUCUGUACUGGGCCCAGUAAGCAGAGAGCCCUCAAGUCCUGUCUGGUGUGUAUGGUGUCCUACUGCCAGACUCACCUCCAGCCCCACUACCAGGUUCUUGGGCUGAAAAAACACAAGCUGGUGGAAGCCACGUCUGGACUGCAGGAGAUGAUCUGCUCCAGUCAUGACAAGCUGCUGGAGGUCUUCUGUCGGACAGACCAGCAGUGUAUUUGCAUGCUGUGUACCAUGGAUGAACAUAAAGGUCAUGACACGGUGUCAGUCAAAGCUGAGAGGAAGGAGAAACAGGACAAGAUGAUCCUGAGUCAGCAGGAAGUCCAGCAGAGAGUCCAGCAGAGAGAGAAGAAGCUGAAGGAGCUCCAACAGGCUGUGGAGUCUCACAAGGUAUCAGGCCAGGCAGCAGAGAAAGACAGUGAGAGGAUCUUCACUGAGCUGAUCCGAUCCAUUGGGCUGAUCAGCUCAAUGGCGGAGCGAAAGCGCUCUGAGGUGAAAGAUCUGAUCAGAGCCCAGCAGGGGGCAGCAGUAAGGCCGGCUGAAGGACUGCUGAAGAGACUGGAGCAGGAGAUAGCUGAGCUGAGGAGGAGAGAUGCUGAGCUGGAGAAGCUCUCACACACAGAGGACAAUAUCCACUUCCUCCAGAACUACCAGUCUCUCUCCGGUACCAGUGUAUCUUCAGAUGUCCCCAGCAUCUCUGUCCCUCCUGUUCAGUACUUCAAACAUGUGACUGAGGUGGUCUCUGAGCUGAGAGACAAACUAGAGGAGCUGAUCCAGAGAGAGUGGUCCAACAUCUCCACCACAGUCUCCAGAGUGGAAGUGUUCCUGCCUCCAGAGCCCAAGACCAGAACAGACCUCUUACCAUAUUCCUGUCAGCUCUCACUGGACCCAAACACUGCUCACAUAAAACUCUGUCUGUCUAAAAAGAACAUGAAGGUGUCACGUCUAAACCAGAACCAGUCAUAUGGUUUCCAUAGAGACCGAUUUACCUCCUGCUGUCAGGUGCUGUGUAGAGAGGCUCUGUCUGGACGCUGUUACUGGGAGGUGGAGUGGAAAGAUCGCACAGUUGACAUAGCAGUCUCAUAUAAAGACAUUAACAGAACAGAUUUAAGCUCUAGAUUUGGUUUUAAUGACAUGUCCUGGAGUUUACGGUGCUGUGAUGAAUACUCUUUCACUCAUAACAGUGUUGAGACUGCAGUAUCAGGACCUCAGUCCUCCAGAGUAGGAGUGUACCUGGAUCACAAGGCAGGUACUCUGUCCUUCUACAGAGUCGUCUCUGAAACAGUGACCCUCUUCCUCAGAAUCCAGACCACCUUCACCCAGCCACUCUACGCUGGGUUUUGGCCAGGUGGCAAUGACAGUGCAGAGAUUAUCAAACUCUGGUAGAGGGUCUUGUCGAAGAGUAAUUCCUUCAUACCAUCAAACAGAA